AAGUAUAAUAGAUCUUUGUGGUUCAACUCGUCCCUGACCCUGUUGAUUGGGGAGUUUAGUGAUAUUUUAAUCUAAUCUAAUCGAAUCAAUACCUAACAUUAUUUCUGCCUUCAAUUAACCUGAGCUCCUAUCAAUCAUCAAUGGAUGGUCAAUCACUAGUUCAAACACAUCCUGUAACUGAAUCAACUCCGAUCAAUUUCGCUUCUUCCUCCUCAUCCUCGUCCUCCGAUUCUGACGAUGACUUUUUCGGCUCAUCUUCUUGGCCUUCAACUACUUCAGCUGCCUCCAACUUACUGCCUCCUAAGAAGAAACUCCGCAGAUCAAGAACAGCUCCUGCAUUGGUUUCCGUGAACGAUCUCUUUGAAGAAUCACAGAACGAAUUCGAGCCUACUUCUCUCGUCAGACAGGCCUCUUUUCUGCUUGUUAUUUACCUCUCUCUUGGUGUUACCGUCUAUUACUUCAACCGCGAUCAUUUCUCUGGAACUGAAAGUACUUAUCAUGUAGUUGACGCUCUUUACUUUUGCAUAGUCACCAUGUGUACUAUUGGCUAUGGUGAUAUUGCUCCAAUCACCCCCUUCACCAAACUCUUUGCUUGCGUAUUCGUGCUUGUUGGCUUUGGUUUUAUAGACAUUUUGUUGAGCGGGGUUGUCAAUCACGUGCUUGACUUGCAGGAGAAUUUGAUACUCUCCGGCAGUCAGGUGCAGGUGCAGGGGCAGGGGCAGGGGCAGAGGCAGUUAGGUAGUAGCGACCACAAGCGCGGAGGAUUCGGAUUCGGAUUCGGAUUUGGAUUCUCGGCCUGUAUGGAUUGCAUAGUCGAUGUAGCUAAAGGCAGAAUGAGAAUAAGACUGAAGGUGGGUUUAGCACUCGGAGUUGUGCUUCUGUGUAUCGGGUUGGGUUCGUUGGUGUUGUAUUUCUUCGAACAUUUGGAUGGAGUCGAUUCAGUUUACUUGGCGGUAAUGUCAGUUACUACAGUUGGAUACGGCGACAGGGCUUUCAAGACUCUGCCUGGAAGACUGUUCGCUUCGAUUUGGCUUUUGGUUUCAACACUUGCCGUGGCGCGAGCUUUCUUGUAUCUGGCUGAGGCAAGGAUUGACAAGAGGCAUAGGAGACUCACCAAUUGGGUGUUGCAGCGCGAAAUUACCAUCGAUGAUCUGCUUGCUGCUGACAUUAACAACAAUGGUUACAUAAGGAAAUCAGAAUAUGUCAUCUACAAGCUCAAAGAGAUGGGAAAGAUCAGUGAGAAAGAUGUAAAGCAGAUAUGCAAUCAGUUCAACAAGCUUGAUGAAAGCAACUCUGGGAAGAUAACAUUACACAGCCUCCUGCAAAGUCAUUUAUAGCUCAAAUUGUUUAGCCACCAUUAGUUAGAAAAAGGUAAGGUCGACGUACAUUCUACUCUUUCCAGACCUCACUUGAGGGAUUACACGGUGAAGCGCCAACAAAGAUGUGUGGGAUAAGGAUUUGGGACACUUAGGAUUUGUGUGAUACAAAGAAAGAAAAAAAAAAUUAGAUGUUCAAAAUGCUUCAUGUUGUGGUAUUUAUUGAGGGUUGUAUAUAUUCUGUAAAGAUUUUAUUGUUAUAUUUAUGAAAGUGGAAUAAUAUUGUUAGUGUUAGAAAA